CACUCGUCGCUCAGCUCAGCUCACACUCACACCGUCACACACAUCGCGCUCGAACCGCCCCUGUUUCUGUUUGAGUACCCGGUUCUCCCACUAGAAUACUCGUCAAAACGGGACUCCUCUUUGCCCCAUUCGGUGCGCGAUAACUACUGCGCGACUCGUAUCCUUUCUCGCUCUCUCUGUCUCUGUCUCACUCUCUCUGUCUCGCGGUUCUCGCCUCCUCCUCCUCUCUUUCCUUUUUCCUCUCUCUGCUCCUCGUUGUUGCAGUCACCUCUCCUCUCCUUGUUCUUGCAGUCAGCUCAGCUCCGGACGCAGCACCAGUUUUCUCGGAGUGCCAUCAGCUCGCGGGAGAGUUGCCGGAAGAGAAGCUCGCCGCCGGCGUACGACGGUGAAGGGGGAACGUACGAGCGCGAGUGCGGGGGUGUGGUGCGCCGCCGCUGUCGAGGUAGCUGACGCGGCCUCUGGAAGGCUCUCAGCCUCUCAGGCAGAGGGAGAAUGGCCAAAUGGGGGUAUCGUCUAGAUUACCAUUCUUCUUUACAUUUUAAAAAGGCCCCAAAUGCACAAAAGAGAGAGAGAGAAAAUUUGAGGCACAAUAGUUUGUAGGGAGUACAAGUAGCAGAACUGGUGUGUUUGGGAUCCAAUCAUACGCGAUGGCCUUCUUCCCUAACAUUCCCGAGGCAAAGCAGGAGAUUCAGUCCUUGUACAGAAAUUAUGCACAUUUGUUUGACAUGUCAUCGGAUAAUGCCGGUGUAGACUCCCGCAUAAUGCGGCGCCAGCCUGCCAUGUUGAUAGAUCGUUCUGUUUUCCUCACUGGAAGCGCGAUUUGGACUAUUGCCCUCCACUACAAGGCUCACAUUUACAGAUGGUUACUGCAGAAGUUUUCUGCCAUCCAGGGCGCACCAAUUUAUUGUGCCAUGAUAUUGCGAUCCUUAUGUCGACGUAGCUCCUUGCCUUUCUUUGUUGGCAUUAGUGUUCUGACAGCCAGGAUAUAUAACUACGUUACGAUUCACAAUCAUAUUUAUUCCCCACAACUCUGCGCUGGCCAUGACGCUAACCUUCGGAGGGAUUUGUUCAUUCAAGACACUGAAUUGUGCAAUAAGCAAACCCUCGAUUCAGGUUUCCUUGGCAGCAAGCAUGAUUGUAUCCGUCUAGCACUUCAUUUUAUUUGCAGCACUGCCAAUUUAAAGGUUUAUACAACACCAAAACAGAUCGGUUUCGAUGGGAAGUGCAAACAAAAGAAUACCGAGAGAGGCCGAUUUUGGAGGAUCUUAUCAACAAAUGAGCAAUAUCUGACUUAUAUUGGGGCACUAGUGACACUACAACUGUUUUUACAACUGAGCAGAGCGAACAUUACCACUCUGCUCCUGCCAAUGCUAUAUCAGACAACAAGCUCCCAGCGCAAUGCUGCAGUUGUCGGUAACAUCGUGAUUGUUUUGGUGAACUCCUUUGGCAUUCUUGGGUCUGACUUCACAACAAAGCACCACGGACGGGAGGUCACAUUCACCGUGAGCGCCAUUCUGAUGGUGUUUUGCCAGAUCACAAUCCCAUUGCUUGUGGAAGCGCAAAUCGGGCUGGGCGGUGGAACUCGGAUACUGACGGGCUACACCACGGCGACAUUCCUGCUCACAUGCGUCGUCUCCUAUGGUCUCAGCUGGUCAUGGGGCUCAUUGUUCUGCACUAUUCCUGGUAUGAAGAUUCAGUCAGCUGGGCAGGUUAUCGGCAUGGGUCUCUGUUUCGGGCUCUGCUUCGUGCAAAUGCAGUACUUCCUGCUGAUGCUGUGCCGGCUGAAGAACGCCAUCCUUGCAUACUACGCAAUGUGGAUUUGGUCUUGAUUUAAACUAGGAUCUCAAGAGAAGAGAUGGGACAGAUGGCUAGAUGUCUGCCCGUUUUACUGCUAGCGUUUGAUGGAUGUAAAUAUGCUCAUUUUCUUUGCCUGUUCUGUACAGUUUUUGUAUUGGUUGCUAUCUCAGUGUAGAUUCUCCCAAGCAGUUUCUGCGACUAUGAGGCAAUUAACAAAUGUUAUGCUAGUUCUUGUUGCCCUUUUUCUAA